AUGGCCUCGACAGAUCAAGUCCAAGACCUGCGACGACGGCUGAAGACCAAGCAGUACGAUCCAGAUGAUUGCAUCGCGGCCAUCAAAGGUCAACGCAUUCCAAGCGCGCUUGGGCUACCACUGCUGCGCCUGUGUACCAUUCGAGGUAUCCGCUUCAACGAUGGUUUCGCAAAGGACUUGCGCGGCAUCCUGCCCUCCUUUACUCGAGCCCUCAAUGCACGAGACAUCAUGAGCAAUCGCGUACCUGUUAUCGCUUCGGACGAAGAAACACCCUAUUGCAUCUGGCACCCCGAAGUAGCUUCCGAGUCGACAUAUCGCCAACUGGUCACCGCUUAUCCUCAAAUGUCUUAUCAAGUCGGCCGCGCGUGCGCUGUCGCUGGCUAUUCCGACCUCUACAAAGAGCUCGACAUUGUGCCGGAAGUGCACAUCGCAGAGGAGGCCCGCGAGUGUGGCAAUCUGGCGAUCUUUGACCGCAUCAUGGCACAACCGACCAGAUAUGAGGUUAUGAACGACUACACCAGGACCAUUAAUGCCAGCAGCGCCAACCUGCCAGUUGCUCAUCUGAACGGAGACACAGCAGUCGAGUCAUCCUUGAAUGUUCGUCAAGAAUUCUCGUCGGCGGAUGUGCCCGAGAUCAUCGACGGUGUAGAAUGCAUAACUUCGCUCGACGGACCAGGAUAUCGAGAGAACAUUUUCGACAUCACAGAAGACAUGAAUAUUGAUAUCGUCAACCGAUACCCGCUUGCUGAGGCAGAAGGACACGACGUUCGACAUGGCGAGCUGCUGGUGAGACUAUUGACCGAGCCACUUCCGACAGAGCUCCCGACAGUCGACAAGGAUUUGCUUCUUCUGAUGGCAGCAUAUUAUGGUGAUAUCGACCGAUAUGCACGUCUCCGCAGACCAAGUAUGAUCACUGGAGAGUACGAAUGCUGCGUUCGGGGAGUAUACCACAACACCAUGUUUGCAGUCUGGUGGUCCAAGCAGGCACGUCCUAAGGGCCGCGCUGGCUGGAAGUUGAGCCAGGCUAUCUGCGCCAGAUUCAUCAUGAACAACGUACUCUCGAAGGUUACCGACGAGGCUUUCGAUAUGCCUUAUCUCAUCUGGUACCCGGCCAUUGCAUCCGAGUCGACGUAUCGCAAGCUCGCGGAAAUGUCACCUGGAAUGCUUCCGCAGAUCCUGAGAGCCUGCAUCGUCGCCAAUUAUGCUGAGCUGUUCGACAGUUUGGCUGCGACGACUGUUCCAGAUGAGGCGGUGGUGAAGGAGGCUGAGAAAAGCACGAAUCCACAUUUCCACAGUGUGCUAGCGAACAGGGUCGAAGAGGUAGGACAAACAGAGCUGGGCCCUUUCGAACGGUGGAAGCUGGAGACCUCGGAUCGGCUUUUCGAGUGGUCGUCGAAGUGGAUCUGGAAGACCAUGGCUAAGGCCAAUCCGCAAACCUAUGGCGACGAGCUCCAAUACAACGGCACGGUUUGCGCUGCCGGCGAUGUUGAGCUCAUGGCCUGUCUUCCCGACGAAUGGAGAAUCUCAGAGGGCGGCGAGACGGGACCUGAGCCGCUUGACUAUGUCAACUGGCCUCCAGAAGGGAAGCGCCCGUGA